CGUGGCUGGGCUUCCUGAAAGGGGAAGCCCCACUGUUGCCGGGCAACCAAGGACUGUGGGAUCAGCUGAUGGCGUUGAGGUGGGUCAAGGACAACAUCAGAGCCUUCGGCGGGGAUUCCGAUGACGUCACGAUCGGAGGCCAAUCGUUCGGCAGCGUGUGCGUGUCGGCCCUGAGCAUCACUCGGCAAG